UCAAACUCGUAUUAAGCCUUCGAAGCACAGUAAAAACAACAGCGAAGCAAGGUGUGAGCCGAAAAAACUCCUUGUAACUCCGGAUGGACUUCAAGCGGAUGAAGUUAUCCGAUUCCAUGGCCGCCGGCGCCGACGAAGCUCAGACCAAGCUUGCAGCUAUCGCUGAAGAGCUUGGGCGAGAAAUUCGUGUCUUCAAAAGUUCAGAAAACUCUCUAGCAUCACAUGUGGCAUCUGCCACUUCUACUGCUGAAGAAGUGGAGGAUAACUUUUAUGAUCUCACUCCAGAGGAUUAUUAUCAACUAAUGUCAGAUAAAGCAGGAGUCCAAUCUCAGAUUUUGAAGACCCGGAAAACUCGAGAAGCAGAGGCAUCAGCUCGCAGAGCAAGAAUAACCACGGCAGUAAUCAGGGUUCGCUUCCCCGAUGGCUGCAUUCUUGAGGCGAAUUUUCAACCAUCAGAGAAAAUUCAAAGUUUGGUAGAUCUUCUUAUUCAAGUAGUUGCUCAACCAGAGUUGCCGUUCUAUUUGUAUACAACUCCUCCAAAAGAGCGAAUUAGAGAUAUGUCAAAGGAUUUCUAUUCGGCUGGCUUUGCUCCUGGUGCUAUUGUUUACUUUUCCCAUGAUUUGCCAAAAGAGUCUAACAGUGCAGUGACAAACAAAGGACCUUAUCUUCGUGAUGAUAUCUUCUCUUUGCAAAAGACAGUUCCUAUUCUGGAACAGGUUGAUCUAAAUUGUUCUAAACCAGAACAUGUUGUGGUGGAGAAUUCUCCAGCUGUAUUCAAGCCUAAACCUGUCAUGAAUAAGUCAACUAAGCCAAGAUGGUUAAAACUUUAACCGACAUUCAUGCAGAUAACCUUUUGUCAAUCACAACCACGGGUAUGUGACCCAUCUCAGCACGGUGGAUAAUGCAACUGGGGGAUAAGGAAACCCUAAAAUACAGGAUGUAAUUUAUUUGCAUCUGGAUCUUGGACAUGUAAUGCUUGCGAGAUGAAAAAAUGGAGCAUUGAUCCCAUUAUCUGAUGAAAAAUUAUUCUUGUCAAAAACAAAACAGAGAAAAAGUUGUAUGAGAUGGGGUAUCUAAAAACUGAGAUUCUCGGCUUUUACAUUACAGAGAUUUCUUUAAAAUUAAAAAUCUCUUGUUUGUUCCAUUCAUUCAUUCAUUCAUUUUUGGUGGCCAUAAUUUAACGAACAUAUGUGAUUUUUGAUGGA